AUGGUUUAUGCUGGCUGCUGCUAGUGCUGAUGUUUGUAGAUCGAUAGCUUUGCUUUAAGUUGUUUUAUUUGAAUUUGUAUAGUUGACGCAAUGACUACUCCAUUUGUUUACCACGCCAGGGCACAGUCGACUUUUGAGCCGCCGCUCAUUGCCAAUGAGAAUGCAUUUCUUGGCGACUUAGCAUCGAGCGAACAAGAUGCCCCCGAAAAGCCCAUCUCAUGUGGCUUCUUCCGCUUAGAAAAGGGCACCCCACUGGUCUACGAAUACACCUACGAUGAGAUGAAGAUCAUCCUGGAAGGCGAGGUUACGAUCUCCGACGCGACGGGGCAGUCGGUGCAGGCUCGGGCGGGCGAUGUGUUUUAUUUUCCCAAGGGAUCGAAGAUAACUUUUGUGACUGAGGGGGGAGGGUUGGCAUUUUAUACCGGACAACGUGCCAAGGGAGGUGCAUGAACUUUCCAGACUCGGGGGAUGUAAUACAUAUGAUUGAAGUUAAUACCGCAAUGAUAUCCGAAAUUGGAGAUCCAUAGGUUCACAACCAUGGUUCUGGAGCAUGAAUUUAAUGUGUAGAUCUAUGUAUCCAAGCAAUACGUCAUGGCAGGACCAUGGAUCAUGAG